AUGGCAUCAUUACCUACAUAUGAAACAUUGAAAUUAAGUCAACCAAAACCUCAUGUAACUUUGGUUGAGUUAAAUCGACCGACGAAACUUAAUGCUAUGAAUCAAAAAUUAUUCGAUGAAAUGGUAUUGUUUUUCUUUUUGAGUGAGUUGAAAAUAUGUUUCGAACAAUUAAACAUCGAAAAGACAUGUCGAGUUAUAGUAUUGACUGGUUCUGGUAGAGCAUUUAGUACUGGUAUUGAUAUCGAAUAUUUAGUAACUUCUGGUGCUAAAUCUGCUGAAAUCGAUGAUAUAGCACAAAAAAUACUACAUACUCGAAGUAUGAUACAACGAAUACAAGAAUCUUUAAGAGCAAUUGAUAAAUGUGAAAAACCAGUAAUAGCUGCUAUUCAUGGUUAUUGUAUCGGUGCUGGUGUUGAUCUAUCAUCUUGUUGUGAUAUUCGUUACAGUUCACGUGAUACGACAUUUUCUAUUAAGGAAGUUGAUAUGGGUUUAGUACCUGAUAUCGGUACUCUUCAAAUUUUACCUAAAUCAAUUGCCAAUCAUAGUCUUUUCCGUGAACUUGUUUUUACAUCACGAACAUUUGAUACUAAUGAAGCACAACAAAUUGGACUUAUUAGCCGUGUAUUUGAUACUCGUGAAAUUUUACUCGAUGCAGCUAUAUCUUUAGCAAAUGUUAUUGCUAACAAGAGUUCUAUAGCUGUACAAGGUUCAAAAAUCAAUUUAAACUAUGCACGUGAUCAUACUGUAGAUGAUAAUUUUACUUUUGUGCGUACAUGGAAUAGUGGUAUGUUGUUGACUGAAGAUAUCGUGAAUAGUGUUAUGGCAACGUCGGUAUUAAAAGAAAAAAGUAAACUAUAA